AGCCCCAUUUCUCUCGCACUCGUGCAAAGAGCGUGGCUCCACGAAAACGAACACCUGUCCCUUUACGCUCUUCCUAUAGGUCCUUGGGGUUUAUGCUACAAUCCCCACCCACCCCUAGGGUAUCUCUCGACGGUAUAAAUACGCGACAGCCACCCUCAACAAUCAUCAUUCUCGCUUCAGAGUCUUAACAAUCAUCAGCUAUCUCAGCUAGUAAGAACGCUUUUUAACCUACAACACGCAAAAUGAGUAACUUCGACUACAUCAUGUCCUCGAACAACUCCGUCAACGAGAACAAAUACAACGCCAAGAAAUCCAAGAGUGCCGUCCACCAGAUCAAGUCGGUCAUCAGGCCGAUCGUCAACCUCAUCAAGAAGAAGAAGAACACCUACAGGAGUUCCCCUCAACCCGAUUACUUCAGAGACAACGACGAGGUCGAGGAUAACCAGGCCAACGAGAAGCUCGAGAGGGAGAUCUUCGGCGAAAUCGACGCUUGCCACGAAUUCGCGGCAAUCCCAAUCUACGAAGAUGGUCGCAUGCAGAUCGAACCCGUCUACAGGGGUCAGAGGUACAUCCCGGUCCACUUCGCCAAAACUGAAGCUGGUACCUUCUUCUGGACCACCAUGGUCGGGCCAGACUACGACAUCGACAACAACGGUGACAAGAACGCCAUCACCUACAAUCAGCACGCUGAGAUCCAAGCCGCAGAUAGAUGGGCUCAAGCUUAACUUUUUAUCUCAAAAUGUGGAGAGAUAUGUGAUUUUAGAUUUGCUCAAUUUUUUGACUGAUUUUGUGAUAUUAAUGUAAGUUUGUUGUACCUUACAGAGACACCGUUGUGAUCGAUGGCUUUAAUUGUUUAUGGAUAUUGUAUAAAUUGUUUUUUUUAUAUUUCAACGUCUUCCAUUUAUUGAUGAAUAUUGAAAAUAAAUGUUG